CACAAGUUGAGAUGUGAGUUGUAUAAAUACCUACCACUACACUUACCCUGAUUAGCAGGUCUGGUCACCGAUCGGAGAACACAACUUACUUCGCCCUGCCUGACUCAAUAGGAAUAUGACAAUAGCACUCGGCAAUCCACCCACAAAGCAAACUAUACGUUCCAUUGCACAGCUUGAAUAGUAUUAUCAGCAUCAAGCGUGUUAUACCCAUUCACGUUAUUUACAUGAUUCAAUAUGACCAAAGAUUGGGAUAUAGUGCAGGCUGAGAUCAAGGAGCUGUCCUUCAACCAGAAGAAACCCCUAGAAGAAGUCAAGGAGUUGAUGGAGAAUAAGUACAACUUUAAGGCUUCUACAAGAGCAUAUCGUAUGAAGUUGAAAGAGUGGGGGCUCAGGAGACAUCGACAUUCUAAGAUAGCAAGUAACCGCAGUGAAACGAGAAGACAUUGUCUUUCCGGCAGCAAGGAAAAUGAGCAGCGUGAAAGGGAGUCAAUUUCGAUGUUUGAGUUUAUGCCUAUGGAGACUAUGUUCACGGCUCCUGCUACCGAACGUACGCAUACAGCCACAACGAGCGCAUCAAACCUCGAGCCAGUAUCUGAGAGCCUGCUGGAACAGCCGUCGAAUCAUCCUUCGCCUGAUGAUCAAGCGGUGGAGUCGGAUGUCGUCAUGGAGAUGCUAGGUGCUGUUCUAGAUAAAGAUUCGCACGGACUUGAGAAACUCGUUGCUGAGAACAUGGACCAUGUUAACAACCCCAUUGGAUUACCCUUCGAGACACCCAGCAGUCGCUUUCAUGGUCAUCCAGCAAUGAAUGGCAUAUUGAUUCUUCAACACCCAGGACAAACGCUCUUUGAUAUUGCAUGCGGAUUGCCAUGCGGACCCAUUGUCUGGGUGCUGAUAUCGCAUGGUGCAACAGGAUCAAGACAUCCCUUGGGAACAGACCUGGCACUACACAACGCUAUCAAAAACGGAAGAUCGCAUACCGUCCAAGCGCUACUCGUUCCCGGUCGAUCAAAUGUCAAUGGGCUCCCUAGUACCACGUGGAAGCCUCUCCUACAAGCCGUGUUUUGGGCGGUACCGGGUGUCGUUCGUAUCUUGCUCGCUAAAGGAGCAGAUGUCAACAUCGUGGGGCCUUCCCCUGAUAGCACGGGUAAGUAUACUGCGUUGCAGUUGUGCUUGCGGCAUCGAGCGAUGCAAUACACAAACACGGUUGUGAAAGCACAAUGCGAUGAGAUCCUGAAGAUGUUAUUGGAUGCUGGAGCAAGCAUUUCCGCAUUAGAUGAUGCAUUCACGCCUUUCCAAAUGUUCGUCAAACCGUGGCAGGAGAUACCAUAUUGGGCUAUAGAAACAAGCUCGAUCGAAUUGGACUGUCUACGUAUAUUUGUCCAGAAAGGCGCGAAUCUGGAGUCGCCUUUCUCGAAUUAUCCAUGCAGAUCUGCCUCAAGGGAUACAUUCGUGCAUCAAGCACUCUGGCAUUCGACACCAAACAUCGCCCGACUUGUUGUUGAUAGCAUCCCGCAAGACCCUGGAACCAAUGGCGCUUGUCUACUUCACGACGUGCUUGGAUCUUGCCCAGACGCCCAACGACAUCCCGCUGAUAUGUUGCGAGACGUCAAUCAGCUCAUUCAACGGGGCGUUGAUCUGAAUUCAGUGCAUGGUGACGGGAGAACGCCGCUGAUGAGAUGCAUCGAACAGUGUUCGGCUGCUGAUAUAGUCCCUUGUUUGCAAACCUUGCUAGACGGUGGAGCAGAUCCAGAGCUCGAGGGCCUGACUGGUACCCAGCCAUUUAUUAUUGCAGCUCGCAAACUAGAAGGGUCGUUGCUUUCAGAGGUCAUAGAGCUCCUAGUUGCGUACAUUUGUGGAAAUCACAUCGAAAUCAUAGACGGCAUCUCGUAUGAAUGGAGUCAAAGCCACUUUCCCAUAUCGAAAGACCAAAAUUACGCACAAGUAGUAGCGUGUACCCAGGAACGCGGGAAGUUCAUGACAAACAUGCAAAAUAUGGUGCCGGAAGACAUUCAACAUUCCUUCCGACGAGCGUACUUUGCGAUAGUUAGCGACAAUUUCCUAAGAACCAUGACGAAACUUGCUACAUCGAGGAGACUCGACCUCUCGGAGAUCAGCGAAAUCACCAAAGUCAUCUCGAUGCGGAAUACUUUUGAUCUCCUAGAGCACAAAUUCGACUACCAGCUUGCCAUGUCAUUCUUAGAUCCGAGUCCAACGGCCAACAGUAGUGCUACGCUACGGGAUAUGUUACCAAAUACUACCUCAUCAUCUUCUGGGGACAUCUCCAACAACGCAGUCGUCGCACACGCACCAUUUCAACUCAAUAUCAAUAUCUCGACCUCUACACACGGCAUGUGCAACAGUCAACGAAGAAUGGACUCGGAUGAAGACGAUUUCUUCGUUCCAUCUACAACGCAGAUUCGAUGGCAUGAUCCUUGUGCCAAACCGAAAAAAGGUGAUCUUCAAAAAGUGAUCGCUGCUGUAUUGCAGUUCAAGUGCGGAGUCUGUGCGGACGGAACACUGCUGACAAAGAAAGAGUUGGAGAAACAUGGCGUCGAGCACACGCAUAGUGAGAGUUGUUUAGACAUGAGAUGUCGGAGACGAUUUUGCGUUAAGGGGGUUUGGAUGGAUGAUCUUAUGAUGUUGACCUGAUGUCAAUGCAGAUUGUUGAAUAUCCACAAACAAAGGAGUGAGGCCUGAGUAGCAUAUCAUGAUAACAUGUUGCUCCAUAGACGAGUU